GAAAAUGCUAUUGUACCCUUACCAUACUACUACUAUAGAAGUUCUGGCUUGUGCGAGAAACCUUCCGGGAACAUCUAAACUAUUUGUUUUUAGAAAUCUAAUGGACUAUAAGCCCUCAGAUUCGAAAACAUCAAUAUUUGUUAUUCUUUAGGAGAGUCGCACCUGCUUGUUCCAACAUGAGGUAUUUGGAUCAGAUUUUAGUUGACAACUAUAAUACUACCAGGGAGAAUAGCAGUUGGUAGGUUACUUGCCUCGCAGGGCAGGAUAGGACCGUUAUUUGCUGAUGCGUAACUAAGGUCCAAUCUUUCGAAUACCGCCACAGACUGCACCCUUUCUGCAGCCCUGACCUGAAAUGCCUUUAGACCUGUGAUGUAUAUUAAUUGGAUGUAAACCUGUGCAUCUCGUGGCGCAUGAUUCUCAACAGCCUGCCUAUUCCCCGCGCGCGCGAAUCCUUAAAACGUGGUGAGAUGGCACACUUUAUUUAGCCAAUCUCAAUGGCUACACUGGGCAGUACUUUUGACUAACUCACAUUUGAAUGAAAUCAGCAGUAACAGUCCAAUUAUUCUGGAACCCGGACCACAUAUACCCGACUGUCUCAUUUCAUCCCGUGAAGAGACUGAUGAUGACAGAGAACAGCGAGAUGGAGACCGAGACGCAGCUCCAACGCUCGCCAAGCAACAUGUCCAUCACACCGGUGUCCAAGCUCCAGCGUCUGAAGCGCUCCCUCUCCUUUAAGACCCUGAUGCGCAGUAAGAGUGUGGAGAACUUCUUCCAGAGGUCCUACAGCGACGCCCGUCUCCCCCCAGACUUCAUCACCGAUCCACCACCCCCCUCCCCGCCCCUUGGCACUCCCCUCGCCAGUGAACGCUCACCCUCCCUCUCUCCGUCACUCAGCCCCAACCCCUCCCUCUGCUCCCACUCCCCGUCUCUAAGCCCCUCCCCCUCGCUGUCCUCCAAGGCCCCGCCCCCGGCCCGCCCCCUGACGCAGGUGACCCACUGCUUCCAGGAGCACGUUUUCCGCAAGCCCACCCACUGCCAGCUCUGCAAGCACCUGAUCGUGGGUAACUCUAAACAGGGUCUUCGGUGUAAAACCUGUAAGAUGGGCGCUCACCUGUGGUGCACCUCAGAAUUGUCCCAGCAGCCGUGCAAUGGAAAGUCUGGGGUCGGGGCGUUCAAGCGGAACUUCAGCUCUCCCAUGCUGGCCAACGAACAACUGGCUGUCGUCAAAGAGGUGCAGCCCACCCAAGGGGCAGGCCGGGGGCGUGGUGUGGACCCUAUUUACGCAGCCCUGCGCUAUGGGACGUCCCUGGCCCAGAUGAGCCGCUCCAGUUUUGGGAGCAUGUCCGAGUCGCCCACGCACAGCCAGGGUGAAGGAGGGGAAGGAGGAGAGGAGGGGGAGCAAAGGCAGUACAGCAUGGAGGAGGAGAUGCCACAGGAGACGGGGGAUCUGCCUCAGUGUGAAAACGAGAAGGCUGAACCGGAGGAUGGGGGCAAUGAGCAGCUCCAGGAGCCUGUGGAGGAAACCAGUGUGAAGGUGCCCAAGCGUAUUGAGGUUCACUCUAUCCACACUUAUGUAGCGCUCUACAAGUUCUUGCCUCAGGAGCACAACGACCUCGGACUAGAGCCUGGUGAUCGGGUGCUGGUCACUGAUGAUUCUAAUGAAGAGUGGUGGAAGGGAAAGAGUGGAGACAAGGUGGGCUUCUUCCCUGCUAACUUCGUCCAGAGGGUGCGCCCAGGGGAGAGGGUGUGGAGGGUCACCCAGCCUGUCCCUGCCAGCCGAGGGAUGGGCCACAUGCCAGUGAAGGAGGAUCAGAUCUGUGUGGGGAAGAGUGAGGACAGUGAGGGUUUCCUGAAGCUAAGCAGUGGGAAGAAGAGAGGACUGGUCCCUGCUGAAUCUAUUGAGGAGAUCUAACCUCUGUCUCAGCACCAGCCCCCCAUCUCUCUCUCUAUCCAGCACCAUGUAACCUCCCCACACACCCCUUUAAGGCCUGAGGAGGACCAGCAAGUCCGGGGGCACACCAUCGCCCCUCCAACACCUCCAUCGUGAGGCCCAACACCCUACUAAACUGAGUGGGGAACAGUGACAGUUAAGCUUGUGAAUUACAGGUGAUGUGGAGGAUGCCCCAGCCUUAUACUUGCUGACCUUGUCUCCUCCACCCCAAAGUAGCUGACAACCAGGACUUGAAAGGGUUGGUUUCCCUUCCACAGUGGGUUGGCCUAGGUGUUGUGGAGGACCAGCCAAGCCCCCAAUGCCCCAUGUUUUCCUGCUGUAAUGUACAUUAGUGUAUUAGUGAACUGGGUUUAUCUGUAGUCCACACGACAGCGGUAACAGUUUUAGGACUGAAGGACUGGCUGCUGUGGACUCCAGUAACUGCCCUCAGGAAGGAAGGAACUUUGAUACUUUUUUCUGGCUGGUGAGUCUGUUCUUUGUGUGUGAUUGGACCUGUUCUUUUUCACUCCUCUAUGGCUGGAUAUCAUGAGGCUGAAGAAUGCAGGAUUAAGGCCGUCGCAUACUAUCCAGUCGAAACGUGGCGCGCCGUUACGCGCAUAUAUUAUGCUGAAAAUGUGUGCCAUUUUGGUGUUUGGCAGGUUUUGUUUUGUCUGGUCGCGCACACAAAACAUUUUAUUGGGCCAAAUUUGAAGUUCGGUAGCCGACGUCUACGCCCUUUCGUCUGUAAUUGGUCGACUGUAGUGUUUUCAAGCGAAGGUCUUUAAGGGAGUAUGAGAGCUAGGAGCAAACAGAACCUAGUAUUAGUAUACGUUACCUUUACCUUGUUGUGUGUGUGUGGGGGGGGGGGUAAUGUUCCUGGACACUGCAUGUAAGAAAACAUUUGUUCUUUCUCUGAUGAACUAGAACAAGUAUCACACUCCUGAUGACAUCAUCACAGAUGGACACCUACAAUGAUUAUAGUAAUUCAUUUAAGAGGUGACCAUGAAGGAGAUAAUUGCGUGCUGAAGGAUGUACUUGUUUGAAUGCCGGUGUCAGUGAGAUGUUCAAGAUACUGGUGAUGAUUGUAGGUUUAGGUGCUUGCAUUUUCUCUCAUAUUUUCCUUUGGUCCACUCUCUCUCUCUCUCUCUCUCUUUCUCUCUCUCAUCUUUCUCAGCUUUCACAUUGGUCCCUCGGCUGGGAUUUGACAUCAGCUUAAUUUAGACUGGCACAUAACUUAAUUGCUCUGCAAGGACGGACGGGUAGGCAGGUGACAGGGGCAGAGUACACCCUGGUCAGACCAGACAGCCAGCAGAGGACAGGACAAACUAGGUUUAUUUCGACACACUCUCUCAGAUCCUGACUCACUGGCUGACUCACUGACAGUUGACCUCGCACUUGGCAGGUUCCAGAAGGUCAUCGAUGUAAGCUCCGUCAUCCUAUUGUACAGGUGGCGAAUCAAUCGCACACUUCAGAAAGUCUGUUUUUCUAUGUCCUAUUUAUGAAAAAUACAAGUGAUGAAAUUAGAUUGGGGCGGUGAAUACUUACUUAAAUACUUCAAUGUUUUUUGAGCUCUCUAUCAGUAGGGUUUCAAUAGCCUAGACUGUAGACAAUAUCUAUGAAUAGAGCCAUUGCUAAAACAUUUACAAAUGGAGCAACAACAGUUUUUUUUUUAACUGCUCCAAAUUUGUUUCAAUUUUCUGGCCAAUUUAGCAGAAGGGCACUGAGGAGCCGUGGAAGAGGUGGGAAGUGUUUUCGUGUCUUUUGGCUUGUCUGUCUGAUUCACCACUGGUAAACAAACAACAGCCAAGAGCCAGUCGGCUGGAAAACCACAAGAUGAACAGACCUUGUAAGUAUGACAACCAGAUAUGGUCCCACUGGUCUGAGGGACAGGGAGCGAGGGAUAUGGAGAGACUUAGCCAAAAGGGGGUGACCCAGGUGUCGAACCAUCACAAAUCAAUGUGUCAGUAUGCAGAUUUCUUUGUCUAUGGCUGGCCAAUUCACCAUUGAUCAAAUGCCAGUCUCUCUCUCGUGCUCUCUCUCUCUCCAUUCCCCUCUCUCUUUCCCUCUGUCUCUGACACUAUUGGGCAUUUUUGCUGCUAGUGGGAGGGGUAGCAGGGCUGCACUGUAUGUAGAUGUAGAGGUAGGUAUGUUUUAAUGAUAGGAUAAUGGGUUGGAGUUCAAUGUUUCAAUUAUGUAUUGAUUAUUUAUUGAUUUAGACCGAAAUCUAUCUACUUGCUGAGUUGCAGCACGUAGCUGUCACUCUGUUGGAAUUAACGACCAAUAACAUGUCCCCUCCCUCCUGUAAGAUAAGAAUAAAGUAUACAGUAAGCCAUCUGUAGGGUAAAAUAUAUAUGAUAAUGAACAUAUUGGGGGUGUUCGUAAAUUCAAUCUGGAGUGCCAGAGUGCGCUCAGAGUGCGCUUAGAGUGCGCUCUG